AGUUCUCUCGCUAAGUGCAUGCACCGUCUCGGUCUCUCGUAUACGAAUAAGACGCAGAUAGAGUCUCUCUCACUGUCUUAUUCAUUUGAUUGAUUUGGCUCGGUGCGGCUGACUCGGCGGGCCGGGUUAUGAUGACUCGUCGGUGCUCGCAUUGCAGCAAGGACGGACACAACUCCCGCACAUGUUCCGCCCGCUCCGGCGGUUCGUCGUCUGCCUCCUCGUGCGGCAUCUCUGGGGGUGUGAGGCUGUUUGGGGUUAGGCUCACCGAUGGGUCUAUUAUUAAGAAGAGUGCGAGUAUGGGUAAUUUGUCCUUGGCGCACUACUAUAGCUCGUCCUCCGCCGCUGCGUCGCCCAAUCCCGACUCGCCUGUGUCGGAGCACGUUCGUGACCCGAAUCACUUGCCCGAUGGGUACUUGUCCGAUGACCCUGCCCAUGGGUCCGGGUUGGUCAGUCGACGCGGUGAGAGAAAGAAAGGUGUCCCAUGGACAGAAGAGGAGCAUAGGAUGUUCUUAAUUGGACUACAGAAAUUGGGUAAAGGGGACUGGCGUGGAAUAGCAAGAAAUUAUGUUGUGUCUAGGACUCCUACCCAGGUAGCAAGUCACGCUCAGAAGUACUUCAUUCGGCAUACUAAUGCUACUCGAAGAAAGAGACGCUCCAGCCUCUUUGACAUGGUUCCAGAUGUGGCCACAGAUCUGCUGUCACUUGCAGAAGAUCAAGCAUUUCUGCCUUCUCCUCAGGGAAGAGGAGAUGAUAACCUGGAUGCACUACUGCCUUCAUUAAAUCUCUCUCUGAACACAGAAUAUGAACCCAUGGAAGCUACACCUGCAGAAACUAUCAAAGAAGAACCUGAAGAAAGUCUUAUGGGGUCAAACCAAGGCAAGCCAACUGUUCCCUCAACGAGUGACAACAUACCUGUUGUUCCAGGGGCAAGUGAAUUCACUACAUUUGUCCCUGGAUUCUUUCCCGCAUAUGUGCCUGUCGCUUAUCCAUUUUGGCCUUUAACCGUUGGCCCGCAUGAAGAUGGCACAGGGACAUCACAAUCAAAUCAUCAGGUACUGAAGCCGAUUCCAAAGCUUCCCAAGGAACCUGUCAAUGUAGAAGAACUAGUAGGCAUGUCUCAACUCAGCCUUGGAGAGACAGGCAGAGGCCAGAGAGAGCCGUCACCACUCUCUCUAAAGUUGAUGGCAGAAUCCUCAAGGCAGUCAGCGUUUCAUGCAAAUGCUCCAGCAAGCAGGUCAGAUUUAAACAAGAGCGACAAUGGUGCCAUCCAAGCUCUUUGAACUGGGAUGAAGAGCAGGUUUUAGUUACCUAACCCCCCACCCCCAUUUUUCUCUGUACAAUUAUCUCUUCUUUUUUUUCCCGUGAAUCUUGCUUCAUUUGACGUUAUGUGGUCUUAAUAACUUAGGCAAAGCUUAGAACUAUUAAACCUUUCUAACUGUAAACAUAUGCAAUAACAAAUGAGUAUGGCAAGAAAAAAAAGUCUAUAUAAGCAUUAUCCUUAUGUUUAUAGAUGUCA